CACUGUCAUAAUCUCUCCAGCUCCUCUCCUCCUUCACAAUGACUGACAACGCGGAAGAGACUACGACUCACACUAACGCACCAGCGCCAGAAGAAGAGCCAAAAACCCCAACAAUGGCCGCAACCGACGAACAACCCCCGACGGACGACGCAACAAAGGUGACGGAGAAGAUGAGCACCCUGUCCUUCAGCAUCUGGCCGCCCACGCAGCGCACGCGCGACGCCGUCGCCAAGCGCCUCGUCGAGACCCUCUCCGCGCCGUCCUCCGUCCUCUCCAAGCGCUACGGGACCCUGCCCGCCGACGAGGCCGCCGACGCCGCGCGCCGCAUCGAGGCCGAGGCCUUCGCGGCCGCCGGGGCCUCCCCCGAAGACGACGGGAUCGAGGUACUGCAGGUCUACUCCAAGGAGAUCAGCAGGCGGAUGCUCGACGCCGUCAAGUCCAGAUCCGGUACCGUUCCGGUACCGGACGGGCACGUUGCGCAGGCUCCUGAUGUGGCCCCCGCUUCCGGUGAGGAGACCAAGGCCGACGAGACCGAGGCUUGAUUUGAUCUGAUCUAGGGUUUUUGUAAACCCGGGCUUCGGAUACGGUAUAUUAGGGUUUCGGUGAUUUCGAAUGCUACUAUGUUUUUAUGUAUGGAGUUGUCGUUCGUACUUUUAUGAGAUUUUGGACUGCCCGUGGAGUAAUUAUUAAACUCGUAUUACUAUCUAAA